GCUGUCGUUUUUCUCUGGUGAAAUGGGGAAUAGUUUAAGGCAUUGUCUGGGUUGUGUUCUUCCCUGUGGCGCUUUGGACUUGAUCAGAGUGGUUCAUCUCAACGGUCAUGUCCAAGAAUUCUCUCCGCCCAUCGCCGCCGCCGAGAUCCUAGAUGCCAAUCCUGGACACGUCCUCACCACUCCCUCCGACGACCACCACCACCUCGUCCGUCAUGUUACCAUUCUCUCCCCCGAAUCUCACCUCCGUCGUGGCGGCAUUUAUUUCUUGAUCCCGGCCAGUUCCGACCACCGGAAGGCUGCCAAAAAGCCCUCCUCCGCCACCUCCAGCGACGCUGUUUCCAACGAUCUCACCCACCGCAUGGAGGAUGUCAUUGUCUUCAAGAACGCUAAACCCGGCCGCCGAGAUCGUCGGAGCAGCCGUGCCGGCAGCGGCGCGUGGCGGCCUCAUCUACUGAGCAUUAAUGAAGAUUAA